ACGAUGAUCACAUAAUUGAUUAUGUUGAGGUUCCAACUUCCGAAAAAUUUACUCCUUCAUCAUCAACAUCCACCCCCUUACAUCAGAUUUCAUUUCUUGACCCUCUUGAAAAUAAAAGAGCAAACUUUUAUAAGAAUAAUAGAAAUAAUUCUUCAAGAUCUUCUUAUAUUUCUUCUGAAACUUUACACACUGAAUUUUCUUUAAAAAGUGACACCACGUCAAUUUCCUCUACUAAAAACUCUUCUUUAUGUAAAGUUUUAAGUGCUUCUUCUUUAUUCACUUACAUCAUGCGUUCGAUAUUAUCGAUGCAUAAUGAAGCUUUAAUAUCUUGUCUCAUAAAUAGAGAAAUGUUGGAUUAUUAUAAUUCUUUAACUAGUCGCGUUUCUGAAGAGGUUGAAACCAUUUUGUCUCAAAUUCAUAGAAUAAAGUCUCAAGGAUGUGAGUCCCACGCUCAGAAUAUUUAUGAUAAGUUGAUAUCACAUUCGGAUCGACUUGUCGAUGCGUUAAAUUUGUUUGUGAACUUUACUCACAAACACCUUCCUGUCGUCUAUGAAGAACUUGGAAAGAAAGUCUUGAGCAGUCUCACGUCCAUUAAAAGAAGAUCGACAUCGUUAAAAAUUUUUGUACCAUCCGCGUCGGAGAAUGUUAGUGGCUAUAACAAUCAUUCCAUUAGAGAUAAAGAUCGUGGUAUUACAGUUUCAAGACGAACGAGCUCCGAGGCUAUCUCACAAAGAACUCGAAACCAGCGAAACAAAAGUAUUGGGUCAAGCUCCAUAGUUUCCAAAAAAUCUUCCGCCUCAAUUUCUGUGACCUCAAAUCAUCAAAACCCACGCAAACUUCACCUUCCAUCUUUUCCACGUAAACAUAACAAAAAAGAACCAUAUCAGGCGGACUAUAACUAUAACGAACAUGGUGGUGAUAGUCCUUCGCAAAGUGUACCAAGUUCACCAGGUUAUUCAAUUAAAAGCAAUUCUCGAUUUAAAGAACAGUUAAAGGGUACCUCUUCAAAAAUAUUUCCUGGUAUACUAUUGAGUCGAAGGCGAUUUUCGGAUGUUUCGGGCACACCUCCUUUACGAAAGUCGAUCUACAAUAUUCCUAAUACAAAGUCAUCCGCAUCCUUGGUAGAAUCCGAUGCAAUUAGUAAUAAAGAUGACAUUGAUGUUAUUUCAUCGUCACGUUCACGUCGAAGUUCAAGUUCUAGCAUAAAAUCAUAUAUUCUUAAACACGUUAAUCCAUUAUCAUUAUCUUCAAAAGGAAAAUCUUCAAAUGUAUCGGAAACUAAUAAUUAUUGGCCCGUUACAGAAGAUGCAACAUUAAAUUCUUAUGAAUAUUUUCCCCAUUCAUCGAAAAUUUCUAGUAGAUCACCUUCAUUUAGUGAUAAAAAACAUAAAUUACACAAAAAUAAUAGUUUUACCGAUCUAAGGAACUUAAAGAAAGUGUGGACGGACGCAGACAAAACCAAUAAUGAAAGCGGUAAUUCUACAUCACAUUAUUUGACUCCACAUAUUGAAGAUGAUGGAGAAAAUUCUAUAAAUGAUAAAGAACGGUUAUUUUCUGCAACUAAUUCGGAGGGAAACGAAAAUAGCCAAAAACUUCGUGAACAACUUUUCCGAAGGAUCGUUACGAAAAAAAGUUCGAAUAGUUUACACGCCAAAAAGAAGCCGAGUCUUAGUAAUUUGAUUAAGAUUCCUCAAGUAUUUACUCGUCUUAAUGAGGAAGUAAUUGGUAAGUCGGAAGUUUUUCAAAAUAUGGAAGACGGUAAAUUGAAGGGAAUUGAUGACCUUUACAAUGAUGAUCUCGUUAUUGAAACGGUUGACGGAAGUCCGCAAAUUCUUGCUGGAAAAUUGGAUAAAUUAUUGUCAAGAUUAGUUGACGAACAAGAUGCGGAAUUUGUCGAUUGUUUCUUGCACAAUCAUACCUUUUUUAUGUCAUCUGAAUCAUUAUUAAAUUUCAUGAUUCAAAGAUAUCGUAACGUAGACGAAGGUUACCAUCACCAUAAAACUAUAAUAUCUAUACUUGAUCGAUGGGUAACAAUCCAACCACAAGAUGUUCGGUUUGACACAAAUUUACGUGAUAGUAUGCGUGCGUUUUUAACGGAUGAAGUAAAGGAAGAGGAGUUUAAGUUGGAAGCCAGCAAGAUAAAAACCAUAUUAGAGCUACAGUCUCUAAUUUCGAUGGACAGAAUGAUGAAUCAAAAUAAAAAUCCGAUAAUUGAAUCCGCUGAAGAGUCGAAUGAUAAUAUCAAAAUCACCGAUUCUGAUAAUGUACCACGGCCAAUCUUAUCGGAUUCUUCUCCAUUAUUGGAAUUUGAAUCAAAGAAUAUAGCAAAAUAUUUAACAUUAAUGGAUUUUGCUAUAUUAAAAUCUAUAACAUUCUUUGAUGUUACGAUCUGGUGGAGAAAAAGGAAAGCACUUGAAACUGGCGUAAACCUUGAUGCCGUUCUCGAAGGAGAAGGACAACAUUCUAGCCAUAUUGAUAGUCAUUUGGACGUUUUUACAAGGAGGAGCAAUAUGAUAAGUCAUUGGAUCGCGCAUGAAAUUUGCAGCUUAAAGACGGUUAAAGCACGACGAAGUAUACUUCACAAAUUCAUUGAAACAGCACGAUACUGUCGGGAGUACAAUAACUUCCAUAUCGCAUCAUGUAUUGCAUUGGCAUUGAAUUCCCGUCCGGUUCAACGGUUGAUAAAGACAUGGGAAUCUCUUUCACAUCAAGAUAUAAUAACUUUUCAAAGUAUUGAAGAAUUAAUUGAUCCUUCAAGAAAUAUGGCAAAAUAUAGAAAAUCAUUGGCAAAUGCUAAGACCCCCGUCAUACCGUUCUUCGCAAUCUUUCUUAAAGAUUUAACAUUUAUAAUUGAAGGAAGUUCAACAUACCUUUCUCCUAAUCAUUUAAGAAAUAAAUUAUUACUACGCAUCCCUUCAGCAUCUUCAACAUAUCCCGAAUCAGGAGAAACUUCACCUAUUACACCUACCUCCCCGUCAUUCUCUCAAAAUUCCUUUAGCUCACAACAACAAAUUUCACCAUUAUUAUUUUCGUCAACACAAAUGAAAAUUUCAUCAACAGUGCCGAACUCAAUACCAAUAUCACCAUUACCUUCACCUCUUCCAAUGAUAUCACAAGGACCAUUAAUUAAUUUUGAAAAAUUUAGGUUUUUAUCAAAGAAUAUUCUUAAUCUAAAACGGUAUACCUCCGAAUCAUAUCCUUUCACAAACCAAUUAUCCGGACCCCCAAAAAUUUUAUCUUCAUUAACGAAAUCAUUACCUUCAAUAUUUGUUCAAAAUGAUUUAAUUAACACACAUAAUUCAUUAUUAAUAAAUAAUUUAAAUAGUAGCGGAAGUGGAAGUAGGCUUGCUCCUCUUGAUCAUAUUGGUGAAGUUAUAGAAAGAAGAAUGUUUGCUGCUGCUGGAAAUAUUUUUGGUGGCAACGUUGCUUCGAUUGCUAUGUUAGAUGGUGGUGAAUUGGAGGCUGAUUUAAUGGUUCUAAGUUUAGAAGCUGAGACUACGG